AUGUUGCAUAUGAGUCGAAGAACGCUGGAAAGACCACUUAAAGCAGCGAGAGAAUGCUUAACCCGUGACUAUGUGCCAAUCCAUUUAGGGUGGGAUCAUAUCACAAGAGAGCAAGUUGUGGAAAAAAAUCUUUUUAUCGCCAAUGCACUUUUUGGGGGCAAUUCUGGAGAUGCGAUGAAAGCAAUAAUUGUUUGUGAUGGGCCUUACGCAGCCACAACAUCAGACGCGACUAUAUUAAGUGGCAUGCUGAACGCUGAAAAUAGUGUUUUUAACUGGUUUUUCAGACCAGGUUUUCAAAUAGAACAUGCGGUUUUGAGACAAGAAACAAAUAUUUGCAAAAAAGGAUUAUCAGAAAUUGAUAGUUCUUCCACCACUCCCAUGCAUACAUUGGAGGAUUACAGGAUGACACCAUCAUCAUCAGUGAUUAUUGGCACUAAUAUUGCUGCCAGUCAUUUUGAACCAGUAGCCUCUACUUCUGCAGACUUAACAUUUAAACCAGAGACAACAAUUCUGAAAGAUAUAGUUGCUGUCAAACAAUCUCUGAAGUUUAAGAGAAAAGGUAAA